CCAGGACUUUGGCAAGUUUCAGCAGUCCGGCCCCGCCCCUGGGUCCCGUGCGCCGGGACUUUGGCCAGUUUCAGCCUCUAGCCCCACCACUAGACCCCGCCCACUCAGCCAGUGGGUGGCUCUCGCGGCCCCGCCCUCAGGCCGGCCCGCCGUCGGAGAGGCGGGAAGAGCUCGGCAAGGGUCGAGUCGCUGGCCUGCAGCUUCCCUGUGGUUUCUCGAGACCUCCUUGCCUCCGGCUCUCCGAGGAGCCUUUCACACCAAGGCGGGGCGAUGCCGGGGAACCCGCAGCCGAGGAACCGGCAGCCGACGGUCCGCUCCGGGAACGAGCCUUGCUCUGCGCCCGCCAUGGAUCCGGCCGGUGGCGGGGCGUGGGCCCACAGUCGAGCCGCGCUCGACCGCCUGGAGAAGCUGCUGCGUUGCUCGCGUUGCACUAACAUUCUGAGAGAGCCUGUGUGCUUAGGAGGAUGUGAGCACAUCUUCUGUAGUAAUUGUGUAAGUGACUGCAUUGGAACUGAAUGUCCGGUGUGUUACACCCCAGCCUGGAUACAAGAUGUGAAGAUUAAUAGACAACUGGACAGCAUGAUUCAACUUUAUAGUAAGCUUCGAAAUUUGCUACAUGACAAUAAGCUCUCAGAUUUGAAAGAAGAUAAAUCUAGGACAAGGUUGUUUAAUGAUGCAGAAAACAAGAAGAAUUCAAUUAAAAUGUGGUUUAGCCCUCGAAGUAAGAAAGUCAGAUAUGUUGUGCGUAAAGUUUCAGUGCAGACCCAGCCUAAAAUAAAAAAUGAUGUAAAUGCUCAGCAAGACUCCAUGUAUGAAUUUGUUUCCACAACUCCUCCUGCAGAUGUUUCUGAGAAGGCUAAAACGGCUUCUGCAAGAUCUCUAAAAAAGCAAAAAAAGAAAACUUUAGCUGAAAUCAACCAAAAAUGGAAUUUACAGGCAGUAAAAGAAGAUGGCAAAUUUGACACCAAAGAGGAAUCGAAGCAAAAGCUGAUAUCCUUCUGUAGCCAACCAUCCGUUAUCACCAGCCCUGAGAUAAAUGGUGAAAUAGACUUACUAGCAAGUGGCUCCUUGACAGAAUCUGAAUGUUUUGGAAGUUUAACUGAAGUCUCUUUACCAUUGGCUGAGCAAAUAGAGUCUCCAGACACUAAGAGCAGGAAUGAAGUAGUGACUCCUGAAAAGGUCUGCAAAAAUUAUCUUACAUGUAAGAAACCUUUGCCAUUAGAAAAUAAUGGAAAACGUGGCCAAGACAAUAGACUUUCCAUUCCCGUUUCUAAGAGAUGUAGAAGCAACAAUCUGAACACCAGUGGAGAUUUUGUUAAGCAACUAGUGCUCUCAGAAAAUACUCCAUUGCCUGAAAGUUCUCCAGACACUAAGAGCAAGAAUGAAAUAGUGACUCCUGAGAAGGUCUGCAAAAAUUAUCUUACAUCUAAGAAAUCUUUGCCAUUAGAAAAUAAUGGAAAACGUGGCCAACACAAUAGACGUUCCAGUCCCAUUUCUAAGAGAUGUAGAAGCAGCGUUCUGAGCACCAGUGGAGAUUUUGUUAAGCAGAUGGUGCCCUCAGAAGAUAUUCCAUUACCUGAAAGUUCUUCGCCACCUUCAUGCAAACGUCAAGUUCAUGGUACAUCGGGGAGGAAAAACAGUAAUAUGUCAGACGAACUCAUUAGUCUUUCACCAGGUACACCACCUUCUACAUUAAAUAGUUCAAGGUACAGACGAGUGACAUCUAGUCCCUCAGCAAUGAAGCUGUUACCCAAUAUGGCUGUGAAAAGAAAUCAUAGAGGAGAGACUUUACUCCAUAUUGCUUCUAUUAAGGGCGACAUACCUUCUGUUGAAUACCUUUUACAAAAUGGAAGUGACCCAAAUGUUAAAGACCAUGCUGGAUGGACACCAUUGCAUGAAGCUUGCAAUCAUGGGCACCUAAAGAUAGUGGAAUUAUUGCUCCAGCAUAAGGCAUUGGUGAAUACCACUGGGUAUCAAAAUGACUCACCACUUCACGAUGCAGCCAAGAAUGGGCACAUGGAUAUAGUCAAGCUAUUACUUUCCUGUGGAGCCUCCAGGAAUGCUGUUAACAUAUUUGGUCUGCGGCCUGUGGAUUAUACAGACGAUGAAGAUAUGAAGUCACUAUUGCUGCUCCCAGAGAAGAAUGAAUCAUCCUCAACCAACCAUUGCUCGGUAAUGAACACUGGGCAGCGAAAGGAUGGACCUCUUGUCCUUAUAGGCAGUGGGCUUUCUUCAGAACAACAGAAAAUGCUCAGUGAGCUUGCAGCAAUUCUUAAGGCUAAAAAACGUACUGAGUUUGACAGUACAGUAACUCAUGUUGUUGUUCCUGGUGAUGCAGUUCAGAGUACCCUGAAGUGUAUGCUUGGGAUUCUCAAUGGAUGCUGGAUUCUAAAAUUUGAAUGGGUAAAAGCAUGUCUGCGAAGAAAAGUAUGUGAACAGGAAGAAAAGUAUGAAAUUCCUGAAGGUCCACAGAGAAGCAGGCUCAACAGAGAACAGCUGUUGCCAAAACUGUUUGAUGGAUGCUACUUCUAUUUGGGGGGAACCUUCAAACACCAUCCAAAGGACAACCUUAUUAAGCUCGUCACUGCAGGUGGGGGCCAGAUCCUCAGUAGAAAGCCCAAGUCAGACAGUGACGUGACUCAGACCAUCAAUACAGUUGCAUACCAUGCCAGACCCGAUUCUGAUCAGCGCUUCUGCACACAGUAUAUCAUCUAUGAGGAUUUGUCUAAUUAUCGCCCAGAGAGGGUUCGUCAGGGCAAAGUCUGGAUGGCUCCUUCCAGCUGGUUUAUAGACUGUGUGAUGUCCUUUGAGUUGCUUCCUCUUGACAACUGAAUAUUAUACCAGAUGAACAUUUCGAAUUCAACUUUCACAGUUUGUGAGAGCCCAGUCAUUGUACUGUUUUUAGGUCCACAUUUUUACAAAUAGGGAGAAUCAUUCAUAUUUGUCUUUGAA